GAGUUGACGGUGACCGCAUUCCCCAAAUCGGAUAAAGGGCCCUGAUUUCAUAAAUCCUGCGGGACCUUUUCUCUCUCCUCCACGCCUCUCUCUCAACCUCCUCUCUUCUUCAUGCUCUUUCUCUCUCUACAAUUCGAUCUCCUCCGCAAUCCCCUGGUCAAUGCAGAUACAUUUCAAGUAUCUGAUUACUCGUACUUUUUUAUGGUUUAAUGGCUUGCUGUCAAGAGAUCCUUUACUGUGUGAGUUGCUGAGAGAAAAUAUGGUGGAAGAUACUCGAUGUAUGUGUUGGUUUAGUUAACAUUGACGUAUGGCGGGAAAUACUAGAUUUGAUUUAAGUGCAGCUAAAUCAGAGGAAUUGGGUUUCAGGGGGAGCUUUACAAAUGGGCAGAGAGAGAGUUUGGUAAAUGGAACUUUGGAGAGGUCUGCCAGCUUCCGUGAGGGUAAUGAGGGGCAGAUGUUUGUUUCGGGUGCUAAUUUGUCGCGGGGGAGUUCUACAUCAGCAGGGGAUUUGGCUUCUGUUGCUCAAUGCUUAAUGUUAGAUCCAAUAACCAUGGGAGAUCAAAAAUAUACUAGGUCAGGUGAGUUAAGACGAGUUCUGGGGAUAUCUUCUGGAAAUACUCAUGAAGAUUAUGCUUUUGGAACUGCUAAUCUGAAGUCUCCCCCUCCAGUGGCUACAGAGGAACUAAAACGCUUCAAAGCAAGUAUUCAAGAGGCUUCUGUCAGGGCUAGAUAUAGAUCAAAAAGGUUGGAUGAAUCCUUAGACAAAUUGAACAAAUGUUGGGAGGCUGUAAGCUUAAAGAAGCAACUUCGGAAUGAUUUGUUGCCGAAUGAAAGGCCGGGUGGACCACACUUCUCAAAGAUGGGAAAUCAGACUCAUCGAAGCUCAUCAGAGCUUGUGAAUCAAAGACUAGAGGACAGACCUAUGAAUGUCAUUCUGAAUAAGCGCAUCCGCACAUCAGUUGCUGAGACACGGGCUGAAGGACUAAGUAAUAGCUUUGCAAGGCAGUCUUUGGCCAUUGGAAAGGAUAGAGACAACAUGAAGGAUGGUAGCAGAGGUUGUGAUAUUGUUGAAGAGAAGAUUCGAAAAUUACCUGCAGGUGGAGAAACAUGGGAUAGAAAAAUUAGAAGAAAACGUUCCAUGGGUACAGUUGCCAGAUCCAUUGAUGGUGAAGGAGAGCUAAAAAAGGCUACGCCUUUAAGGCUAGCUAAUGAGUCAGGUCUGCAGGUCUCUGAAGCCCAAGGUUUGAGAUCAGGAUAUUCUGGCAAUAAUAGCAAGCCCAAUGGUGCUUCCCUGCCUGCUACUUCCAAUGCAUGUACGACUACCAAUAAUGAGCAAGAAAAGGUGCCAAGGGGUUCAGUGGAUGGGUCAAAUAUGGAGCGGGUUGUGCUUAAAGGAAAUAAGUUUAAUGUUCGUGACAACAAUUAUACAGGUGCUACUUUGAUAAAGGGAAAAGCUUCAAGGCCACCGCGAACAGGUGCUUUGAUGACCGGAAAUUCUUCUGUUUCUCGUUCAUCUGAAAUACUUGAAGCUGAGGAAGAACUUUCAAAUGUGAACAAGACUCAUUCAGCAAGUGGGACUACCAAUCGUAAGCGUCCUUUGCCUGUAGGAUCAUCUUCAUCCCAUAUGGCCCAAUGGGUACAGAGACCCCAAAAAAUUUCUCGCACUCGAAGAGCAAAUGUGGUAUCCCCUGUCUUGAGUUGUGAUGAAGUGCAUAUGUCAUUAGAAGGUUGUUCCCCUUCUGAUGUUGGUACCAGAAUCACUUCUACUACAACUAGUGGAUUACAUAUUUCCAAUGGUGGUAUCAACAGUGGCAUUCAACCGGGUAAAAUUAAACAUGAAAAUGUUUCUUCCCCAACCAGAUUAUCUGAAAGUGAAGAAUCUGGUGCAGGAGAAAAUGGUGAAAGUAAAUUGAAGGAAAAAGGAUUAGAAAGUAAUGGAGUUGAUGAAUAUGCCAUAAAUAAUUCUUAUACCUCCAUGUUAACAAUGAAAAAGAAAAAAUUACCCAACAAGGAAGCAAAUGGAGAUGGUCCGCGUAGACAAGGAAGGGGUAGUAGGGGCUCUUCAGUUUUGAAGAAUGGCAUCUCGCCUAUGAAAGAGAAGUUAGAGACUUCAACCUUGAUGAAGCCAAUUAAAAAUGUGAGGCUUGCUUCUGAUAAGAAUGGAAGUAAAUCAGGGCGUCCUCCUUUGAAGAAAUCAUGCGAUAGGAAAGCUAUUAUUCGUAUUGGGCAUCCAUCGACUAACAAUUCUCCAGAUAUUGCAGGGGAGUUAGAUAAUGACCAUGAGGAACUGUUAUCUGCUGCUAACUUUGCUAGCAAUGCCAGCUAUAUUGGUUGUUCUAGUCCAUUUUGGAAGAAACUGGAACCUAUUUUUGCUCCUGUCAGCCUGGAAGACAUGUCCUACUUGAAGCAGAUGGUUAAAACAACAGAGGUUGAUCUAAGAUGUUUGUCUCAAAUGCUUGGCCUUGGAAGUGAUUUGCUGGAUAGACUUACACAUACAGAAAGCCCUCUGUCGCAAAGAAGCAUUGUAAAUCAAACUGAUUCCAAAGAGGCAUCUUCAAUGAUUGACAUGAUUGAUCAACAUCUGGAUGUUAAUAUUUUGUGCAGACAAGUGGUUUCAGAAGCAAACAAAAUUGCACCAUUGUAUCAAAGAGUAUUGACAGCUCUGAUCAUUGAUGAUCAAACUGAUGAAGAAACAGUUGGAGAUGGAAAUACUUAUUUUGAGUGUGAUAGAGACGAUUCUUGUCAGGUGGCUUGCUUCUUUCAGGGUGUUGAGAACCAAUCCAGCAUCAAGACGGAAUAUGAAUUCGACUCUGACAAGGUUUCUUGUAAUGGGAAUGCUACCUUUACUAGUUGCACAAACAUCCAUAAUCAAGAACUUGGCCUUUUUUUGCAAAUGGAUCAGGAAUCAUUGCAUCCAGAAGCUGAAAGGCUGUCCAUGUUAUCUGAAAUUGGCAAUGAUGAGUCAACGGGCAUGCAUAUAGUUUCUUGCUCGUCAUCUUUCGGUAGCCAUUUUGAGCAAAUGAGUAUGGAGGAUAAACUCUUACUGGAGCUACAAAGUGUUGGCCUAUAUCCAGAACCAGUGCCUGAUCUUGCUGAUGGAGAUUGUGAAGCUAUUAAUCAAGAUAUUAUUCAAUUACAGAAGGGACUCUUCCAACAGGUCAAUAAAAAGAGAGAAUACUUUAUGAAACUUAUUCAAGCAGUAGAACAAGGCAGGGAAAUGGAACAACGGGCCCUUGAGCAAGUUGCUAUGGACAAACUUGUUGAGUUAGCUUAUAAGAAAAAGCUGGCCACGCGAGGAAGUACUGCUGCAAGAUAUGGACUUUCUAAGGUCUCAAGGCCAGUUGCUCUGGCUUUCAUGAAGAGAUCUCUUGCUAGAUGCCGCAAAUUUGAAGAAACAGGGAAAAGUUGCUUUUUGAAGCCUGUCUUUAAAGAUCUCCUAUUUGCUGCUCCUGCUCGAGACAACUAUACUGGUUCAGUUGUUGCUGCAAAUAACUCGCUUACUCAAAAUUCUCAGCAAGAAUCCGCACCAUCAGGUUAUUUUCCUUGCAGGGAGCAUGAUGUGUCGGGACAUCUAGACCAUCCCUCCGAUCAGGAUUUUGCUAGAACCGGACCGAUACUAAACAGAGGGAAGAAAAAGGAACUGCUGCUUGAUGAUGUUGGUGCUAGUCCUUCUCUGAGAUUUGCAUCAACUCCUGGUAAUUCUUUUGGAGCAAAGGGGAAGAGGAGUGAACGAGAGAGGGACAAAGACUCUUCUGGAAGAAAUUCUGUCACAAAAGGUGGUCGUUCUUCUGCAAGUCAUUCGAGGGGUGAGCGUAAAACAAAAGCCAAGUCCAAACCAAAAACAUCUCAACUACCUAGUUCUGGAAAUGGAUCUCUUAGCAAGUCAAUGGACAAUUCCAACUCUGAGCAUCAAUUGGCUUGUGGCUCUACUGAAUUUAUUUUAAAUGAUGGCGACAGAAAAGGUAAAGUUGGGUCUGCAUCUCAUAACUAUAAUGCUAAUGAAAUGGCCAUUGGAACUGAGGGACCCAUGGACGUCACAAACUUGCAUGAAUUAGACUCCAUAGAACUAGGUGUAGCUAAUGAACUUAAUGAUCCUCACGACCUGGACUCUUGGUUGAUGAACAUUGAUGAUGAUGGUUUGCAAGAUAAUGAUGCGAUUGGCCUAGACAUACCAAUGGAUGAUCUGUCUGACCUGAAUAUGCUUUUAUGAAGAAUGCAAGAUACAAUAUAUUCGCAAUCCCAUGCAGUAUUUGGUAUUUGAGAACAGUGCUGUAUCGGUGGAAAUCUGCUUAUACAAUUCUUGCCUCUGAUGUUGGAACCUGUAAUUAUGCCCAUUCUUUUUGUAUACUUAUUCUCUAUAAUACCAAAAGAUAGGAACCCAAAGAAAGGGUUAAAGAAAAAGUAAAAUGUAGUCCUCAAUUGUUCAUAUGAUCUAGAGUUCUUUAGGUUGUAACUACUACAUUCUUCAACAAAAUUUUGACCAA